GGUCACUCUGCUGUUUUUCGCCGAAUCGAACGCACCCACGCAGCGAACGGACGGAAAAAUCUUGUCGCAUCCCGAUCGAAAAACAAAAUAAAAAAAAAGCGUACAGUGCGGCCAAUUCGAUUGUGUACACAAAUUGUUCAGUGCGUAUCUUCUAGUUACAGUGCCGUGGGAAAAAACAUUGCCAAAUAUACAAAUCUAAAGGCAAAAAAUCAAAGAGUGCGAAGUGAAAAGAAAAACUUCUGGACGCGCUAAAAGUCGCUCUCCCCUGCCAUCCCUCUAUAUCUCUUUCACUCUCUCGCGUGGUGUGUGUGUGUAGUACUAGUGAGUGCGGGUGUGAGUGAGACGGGCAAACAAUUUGCCGCUAAAUACAAAAAGCAGCUGAGACCAGCUGACACAUGUGUGUGUGCGAAAUACAUUAAAGGCAAGAGCAAAAGCAAAAGCAAAAGGCUAUAACAAAGGCUAUAAAUAAAUUGCAAAUGUUUAUGUAGUCAAAUAUCAGCGCAUUAGCAACGGCAACAACAAAAAGCACGUGGCGCAGACAUUUUGGCCACGAUAGUAAGCAAACACAUAAACACGAUUAAACAUGUCCGCCGUACCGGUUGCCAUCAAAACGGAGGAAGUUAUUCUAGAGCACGCCGAAUACAACAGCGCCGAGGAAUUGGAUGAGGAAUUGCAAUUACAACUAGAGGAUUCAGGGGGUGAGAACUAUCAUAUCGAGUACGCCAGCGAGUCGGCCCACCAAGGUUCUCAGCGUCGCCAGUCGAGCAUGAGCGGUACGAAUACUUCAAAGGGCGGGGGAGGAGGCGGUGGGGGCGGAGCCUUGAGUGAUGGAGACGGAUCUGGAAAACCCCUUGUUGACAGCGAAAAGAGGAUGCGCCGGGAAAUCGCAAACAGCAACGAACGCAGACGUAUGCAGAGCAUCAACGCCGGCUUCCAGAGUCUACGAUCACUGCUCCCAAGACACGAGGGCGAGAAGUUAAGCAAGGCUGCCAUCCUGCAACAGACUUUCCAAUACAUUGUGGAGCUUGAAAACCAGAAAACGCAGCUGCUGACACAGAACAGUGAAUUGAAGCGACAGGUGGGCGAGCACGAAGCCGGGGGUGGUGGUUCUGGUGAGGGUGGUGCCAACUCCGGCGGAAACUACAACGAUUCCAGUGUCAGCGGAGGCAACUCAACGGCGGUGGCUGUCAAGAAGCGCAAACUGACGGACAACGUUAUCAACAUCCAAGCGAUUAGUGACAGUUCCGAUGAAGGUCUAGGCUCAAUGUCGCCGGAACCGAUGACACUGCUAACAGCUGGUGGAGCGGCGGGCACCAAAUUGAGCAAUGCCACCCUCAUAGCGGCAAAGGAACUGCAUGAGUCUAAGAAGCAGCUGGAGAAGGAGCGAAGUCUGCGAAGACUUCUCGAAGAUGAGCUGCAGAUGAUCAAGCGUCAGCUGUACAGUGUGGCUACCGCACCACCAGGAACUGCAGUGGCAGCCGCCUCCGGGGGAAAUAGUGGCGCCUUCAUUCCACGUGAAGUCAUCGAGCACACUGAUAACUUUGUUCGUAGCGACGAUUUGGAGGAUCUCGGCGGUACGGUCUCUUACGUAGAAAUCGAUGAAAUGACUGGACAACAGCAGGUUGUCGUGUGCUCCAGCAUUGAAGAACUGGAGGCCGAUGCCGCUGCCGAGAUCAUCACCGAAGACCAGGUGCACGAGGAGGUCAUCCUGUCAUCGAAUAGCUCCACAGAGUCUGAAAACGAAGUGAACGUGAAUGCUAUUGCCAAAGCCUAUGCCGAAGGAUGCACGUCGAGUGCUGCGAUGCUGCAGCCCAUUCUGCAGGCGGCCAUCAAGGCCACGCCCAAGGUUGAGGUGGAACGCAUACACGAGAAGAUUGUGAAAGUAAAGGCGGAGAAGCACGAUCUGCCAUCGAUUCAGACCCACUAUCAGCAUCCACAUCGUCAGAAUCUGGAGACCAUAGUUCAGGCUAUUAGACAUUUGGAGGGCGAUCAUCUCUUUGCGGACGGAAGUGGUGGCCAAGAGAAGUUUGGACAGCAACAGAAUCUUCAGCAGCAUCACCAACAGGUGUCUGGCGUCCACCACCAGCAGCUGCAUCAUCAUCGUCUGGCACAGGAUGCCCCGCUUGCUCUCACUACCACGGGAAAGCAACAUGCGGCUCUGGCGGAACUCCGACCUUUUCUUCAACUCAAGAACGGCGGUAACAAGCAGGUGAUCAUUACGGCCAAAACGGCUAAGGAUGCUGCCGGAUUGAUCUCCACGAGCAGCAGCAGUACCACGGUUACGCCGACGGCAAUUUUCAAGGUGCAAACAACGGGCGGACAUGGGAGUAGCAGCCAUUUGCCUACGGGUUCGACAGCGGGCACCAUAAUCACCGGGAGCAACGGCAGCGGUGGCUCCCAGCAAUUGACCAUCACCACAGCCUUGAAACAAUGCCGACCGGGCGUGAUAGUGGCGAAACAGUUGCCGUCGUCCUGA